AUGGAAUCUUGCAACGUUGAGGAUGCAGAUGUGUACAGCAUGGUAAAGGAUAGGAAUGGAGAGGAUGGGUGUAAUGAGGAUUUUGACGAUGUAUGUGAUGUCGGUUCUGCAGACACUGUAUCUGAUGAGGAUGCAUUAGACUACGGUAACGUUAUCAGAUUGAGUGACCAGCAGAUAAUGAGAAAGGUGUUUCGGAGUGAAGAACGUGCCUAUGAAUUUUAUUAUAAAUUUGGGAGAUGCCAUGGAUUCGGUGUGCGCAAGGGAGAUUUUGGCAAGGAUGAUGAUGGAAAUUUGAUACAAAGAAGGUUCUUUUGCAAUAGGGCAGGAUUGAGGGAUGAAAAACACCUUCAUAGAUUAGAUAGACAAAGAGGUCACUGGCCUGAAACACGGACUAAUUGUAUGGCAAAGUUGUCGAUUUACCUUGAUAAGGAAAACUCAAUUGCCAGAGGGUAUUCUUUGUUGGGCUUUACGAAAAAAGAUGCAUAUAACUACAUCGACAAGAUGCAUCGUUCAAAGAUUGCUGAUGGUGACUCAAAUGCUGCCAUUGUAUACCUAGAGGGAAAGGCGGCGGCCGAUCCAAUAGCGAUGGCUAGGUAUAAUUUAACAGAAGAUGGUAUGUUAGCGAAUAUGUUCUGGGCAGAUGGAAUUAGUAGAGUUGACUACUAG